CUGUCCUCGCCAUCAUCAUCAUCAUCAGUGGUCAGAGAAGAGCGGAGCGUCAAGUCAGACAGCAGCAGCAGCAGGAGGAGGCUUUGUGGGGGAUCAGCGGCUUAAAAUGCGGCUCAGCAGCGCUGACCACAGUACAUGACCGUGUGCAGUCUACGUUACGUGUCACUACAUUUAGCGAGAGCUGAAGAGACAGACGGAGAUUCUUUUUGUUGUUGUCUCUGCUCUGCUCGGUUUGUCCGACAGAACUAGUCCAGACAUGAGUGACGUUCAUGUGGUGUUCUGGGACCAGUUGCAGGCUGGCAGCUCCGAGGUGGACUGGUGUGAAGGCAAUUACCUUAUUUACCCGAGCAUCGCUGAGUUUUACAACACGAUCAGCAACAUAUUGUUUUUUGUUUUGCCGCCCAUAUUAAUGUGUUUGUUCCACCAAUAUGCAACACAUUUCAACUGCGGGAUCUACCUCAUAUGGAUUCUACUUGUUGUGGUCGGUAUUGGUUCGACAUAUUUUCACGCCACCCUCAGCUUCCUCGGCCAGAUGCUGGAUGAACUGGCCAUCUUAUGGGUUCUCAUGUGUGCCAUUGCCAUGUGGUUCCCAAAGAGAUAUCUACCUCGGAUGUUCAGGAGGGAUCGGUCAAGGUUCAAAGUGGUCAUUGGAAUCUUGUCAGGAAUCACCACAGGGCUGGCCUUCGUUAAACCUGUGGUCAACUCGCUGUCACUCAUGACUCUGGGUAUUCCCUGCACUGUGCUGCUCAUUACUGAGCUUAAAAGGUGUGAAAACCCACGUGUCUUCAAGCUGGGCUUGAUCUCAGGGAUCUGGUGGGCGCUGGGUCUGCUUUGCUGGAUCAGUGACAGGAUAUUCUGUGAAAUGUGUCAGUCAGUCAACUUUCCCUACUUGCACUCUGCUUGGCACAUCCUCAUAUGCCUGGCCUCGUACUUGGGUUGUGUCUGCUUCGCCUACUUUGACGUUGUGACCGAGGCUCCGGAGCGAGGACCCGUAAUCAUGUUCUGGCCCAAUGAGAAAUGGGCCUUCAUCGGUGUGCCCUAUGUCUCCUUCCUUUGUGUCCACAAGAAGCCUACUAUCAAGGUGACUUAAAGUGACCCGAAACCCCUGAGUCUGCAGCUCAGCUGCUUGUGCUUCCACAAUUCUCAGCAGGGUGCAUGGCAACACGAUACACCAUCACACCUGUGAGUCAGCUGGCUGACAUCCACUGGUGGUCGAGUGAUUCACGCUCCGGUCCGCAGAGAGGAUUCAUCCUUUUCCUCAUUCCUACCCCUGGUGUGCUCGUCAAUAAACGGCAGGGUUUAUGCAACAAGGUGUCACAAAAUACACACACAAUAUCAAAGCCAAGGAACCUUAACAGUGUUCUUAAUGCAUUCUCAGGCUUUGCGCGAGUGAUUUUGUGCAUUUUAUUUCAACCCAGGAAACCUCAUUAUAAAAGCAUUAUAUCGCAUUGACUUAUCACUACAGUAUCUCGCAGGUGCAGUCCGGUCAACAUGAAACCGUGUUUAGAUACGGUAACGCACUGGCUUCAUUAACUGUGGUGAAUGCAUGAUGUAUUAACACUCAAAGGUAAUUCACACAAAGCCUUGAGUAUAUUCAAUACAUAAUGGUUUUGUGCUGUUAGACCUGAACUCAAACACAAACAGCAUCUUUGUAUUUUUGGUGUUGGAAUGUUUUCUUUCAGCAUGGUUGUUAAAAGUUUGAUAUAUUCUUCUAUAUAUAUAUAU